AUGAGUUUGCUUUACCGAAUCUUUAAUGUUUAUCUCGGAGUUCCCACAGCCCUCCUUGGCAUACUCACAAGUUUUCUUUCGCUAAGCCUCUUCUGGAAGGAUUCGACAACCUUCUUAGGAACUCGCAUCCUUCUUUUUAGUGUUUCGGUCACUGACAUUGGCUACCUGUCUCUUCACAGCUUUUACCAUCUCACUGAAGACCUAGUUCCAAAUUCAUUUUCAACACAAUUAACAAUCCUUCUUGCAAUCGCCUUCUACGGUCUAAAUGUCUUCGAGAUGGCUCGCAACUGGUUGUUAGUGGUGGUGGCACUGGAGCGCCUUUUAUUUUUCCUACGUCCAAACGAUUUUCAACAGUGGUGGACACCAAGUGUGAUCGGAGGAGCAGAGGUGACAGUGAUAGUGUCGGUACUGUUGUACUAUCAAGUCUGUACCUCGGCAAUCAUGAUCACUGUGGAGAAUGGAGUGAGCGCUGUCGCCAACUACUUCUCCAUUAUUACCUCCACCUCAAACUUUUUUGUCUACAUUCUUCAGUCCCAGAGAUACCGUCGACGCUUGGUUCACAUGCUUCAUCUGCAGCAAUAUCGGUGGUUUCGGACACACGGCAACGGAGAUGUGGAAUAG